CUAAACCUUCAAUCCUACAUCUAAUUACUCUUGGAGGAUAAACCAUAAGGGUUUUGACUUGCAUUUGUGUUGUAGGCUAGCUCUCUUUGCCUUGUACCCCUAAUUACUCUAUAUAUUUAAUUUUGUAGAAAAGACAACAAAAGAAAACUUGCUUUUUAGUUGACCAAGAAAAACGUGGGGUGGGUUUUAAAAAACAUUUUCGCAUGUUAAUUGUUUUUUUUUUGUUUGCGCUCUCCAAUCAUUUAUCUGAGUUUUCCCUCUCUGCUUUAAAAUUUAUAUUUCGUUCGUUUUCGUCAAAAAAAAAAAAAAAAAGAACAAUUGCGAAGGGAUGGCGGUUACGAAGAAAUGGGCAUCGACAAUCUCGGUGGUGGCUUCAUCUGUGUUUGCAUUCAUCAUCGUCUUCCAGAUUCCUCUCUUCCGAGUAGGGUGCAGGAACAAGACCUGCGAGUCACCGUUGGAGGUUAUAUCUUCUCAGUUGAUUGGAAGCGAACUCGUUCCUUCAUCUCUUAUCAAGACUCUCCUUUAUCCUGGUGCCAUUGCCAAGUCUCUUCUCCGUCGUUCUCCACCCCCAAGCUAUCACAACUUGUUCCACUUUUACCAUUUCCACCACCUGAAUCGAGCAUCCUCCUCCUCCUCUCUUUCAACCGAUGAUAUCCGCCAUCUUGAGGUGUUUGCUGGCUGCUGUUUAUGUCUGCUAGGAGCUUUGCUCAGCAUCUUCAAACCCAGAAGACUAACCUUCAUUGGCACCCUUUUGAUCUAUUGGGGUCUUCUCAGAGACAUUCUUCUAUUCAACUCCUCCUCUGUUCGUCUCUACCCAACGCUCUUUCUCGCUUCAAUCUCUGCAUUCCUCUCCAUACGAAGCGAUGUCAGGAAGAUCAUCCAUUGUUGCUGCUGUUGCACCUCUAAGCCCCUUUCCAAAUCUCUCUGACACUCACAUUACUCAAAAAAGCGGAGACUAAUCUUCUUACUUAGAGUUUCCAAAGAGGUAGUAGAAGAAGAAGUCACUAUUAUUACUCUAGUAAUCAUCAUCAGAUAAAACGGUUAAAAAAAGCUUGUCAUUUCUGCGGAAUACAAAAAAAAAAAACUGCUUCUAUAUAAGCUAGAAUCUUUGUUCAA